UGUGUUACAUUUACUUUUCAAUUGAAGGGGUCCCAUCCCCUGUCUUGAUUUCUAAAUUCACUAACUCAGCAAAAUUUCUUGGUCUCAGCACUGACAUUUUGGGUUGGGUGUUUGUUGUGAGGCGUGUCCUGUACAUUACAGGAUGUUUAGUAACCCCCAUGGCCUCAUCUAAUAAUUGCCAGUAGCACCCCCUAGUUGCAACAACCAAAAUUGUCUUCAGACAUUGCCAAACGUCUCCUGGAGGCACCCUCCACCCCGCAUGCUCCACUGAGAACCACUGCUCAAUGGCAUGGAUGUAUCUUCUAGCCUCAUAAUAAUGUAUUGUGCAUUGUUUUGAAUUUACUUUCUCUUUCCAAAGUUGUUUUUAUAGUAGGAAACUUUUAUAAUACUUGAUACUUUUAUCUUGGUGUAUUUAUGGCAACUUACAGUGGUCAGCAACAUUAAAGAACUAUAUCCAAGCUUAGAUUUUGAAAAAGAGAUUGGCACUUAAACCAGUCCUUUCUGGAAAACUAAAUUUAUUAUUAUUUUUUUAUUUUUAAGUGACUGCCAACCAGAGAUCUAGCCAAGAAACACUGCUUUAGGGGCAAGAAUUGGUAUUAUAUGUUAAGCAGGGUACCCCAUGUUUCAUUAUUAUUUCUUCAUUUCUUGUUUAUAAAAUAUUGUUUUACCAUGGAGAAAACAUUAUAGAAACUAUAUUCAAUUUAGCCUAUUAUUACCCAUUACCUAUAUGAAUCAUUUUACAUUGGGGGUAACUUAAAUGAAUUUUACCUAUUUGUGUAUAUGUGUGUGCAUCUAUAUCUGUAAUAUAUAGCAGUAAGACAAUUCAAAAGCUUCAGAUAUUAUAUGGAGGACUUCCUAGAGAAUAAUGGGUAUUAGAGUAAGGCCUCCAGAAAGAGACAAUAAAGUAUUAAUUUGGUUAAUAAAUAUUUUCUAGGUACACAUAUAUCAGUGUCUGGCCACAGUUUUCUCUUCUGUUCCUCACAUUGGUUAUUUGUUGAUAAGUUAGAAAGACUAAAAUGAGGAUGUGAUAUUCAUUUUUUAACAACCUUGAUGAAAGUUUUAUAGACAAGGUGGGUGGGUGGGAGAAUUGUCAAUAUCAAGCUAUUCUUCCUAACUGCAUAUAGGAAGGAGUUGAGUACAUAGCAGCAAACCCCACAGAAAGUACCUUGCUUCCUGUUCCAUGAUUUUGAUGAUGGUGUAAGUGUUCUUCCUUCACUUAACACAGGAGCAAUCAGUGUAUUUAUUGAGCAUCUACUGUAUGCCCAUGAUCCACUAGAGUAGUGGUUUUCAGCUGGCCAUGAUUUUACCUGCCAGGAAACAUUCUGCAAUGUCUGGAGAUAUUUUUUAUGGUCAUGAUGGAAAGGGGGUGCCACUGGCUUCCAAUGGGUAGAGGCCAGGGAUACUGCUAAAAACCCUACAAUGCAUAAAACAGUCCCCACAAAGAUUUAACUGUUGCAGAAUGUCAGUAGUGUUUAGAUUGAGAAACUCUGCACUAGAGACAGGGUGUUUGGGAGGGCAUUGGUAUGUGAAAGCAGUCUAAGAUAUGAUUCUUGCCCUCUAGUUGCUUAUAUAGUUGGAGAAAAAAGGUUAGUACUUCCCAGGUCUGCAUAGUGUGAUAUUGCCCUAAGUGAAGUAUACGUAGCCCAGUAGAGACAGGACAGUUUUAAUGGAGGAGGAUGGUUUUUGAGCUAGGUCUUAAGAAUAUGUGGGCCUUAAUUUUUUUUACAUUACAGGAUAUACCACACCUUACACCUAAAACCACAGCACAAACACAAACAGAAAGGUCCUGGGUUGUGAUCUUUUCCUCUCAUUUAAAUUGAUUUCUUUAUUGUGAAAACUUGUUUUGCUUCAUUAAGCUGCUGCUUAUCAACCUAAAAAGAUAUACUCAAAGGAAACUUCUGUAUUAAUCUAUUUCCAUCUACCAAGUAACUGAGCCAGAAACUCAGCAAUCUUCUCAAGCUCACUCCCUAUCCAGAAAGUCAUCAAGUCCUAUUGAUUCUUUCUUCAUAGACCCUUUCUAUUUCUGCUGCAAGAGACCAUUCAGGCCCUUAUAGCAUAUCUGAAUUGUUAUGAAAGGUUCAUUAAAGGCUCUCAUUUAUCAGAGUCUUGCAUAUAAGUCUCUCCUUGACAAGCAAAGUCUAGUCUGUGCUACUGCCACUUUCAGUUGGAUCCCAUCACAGGUUAAGGUCUAAACUCCUUGGUGUUCUUGGUGUUGAGUAUACAGUUAUUAAGGAUUAGCGUCUCAUCUCCUAUCAACAGCACUACUUAUCUUCUACAUCUUCCCCAAUUCUGCAGCUUAUUGGAAUGCUUACUGUUCUCCAUAACACCAGCUUUGUCAGGUCAGAUACUGUGUAUUGACUUGUUUGUUUAAAGUACCCCUCUUUAUUUGGAGAAUAGCUACUUAUAACACACAAAUAUUACAUAUGAAGAAUCAAUCUCUGACUUUCCAGGCAAGUUAAGUUCAGCCUUCUCUGUUCUCAUUCAUGGUUUUUUUUUUUUUUUUUCAAUUGACUGAUUGAUUGAUUUUGGCUGUGCCGCGGUAUGUGGGAUCUUAGUUCCUGGACCACGGAUUGAACCUGCGCCCCCUGCAGUGGAAGCAUGGAGUCUUAACCACUGGACCACCAGGGAAAUCCCCUGUUCUCAUUCACAUUUAAAGCAUAUUUCAUUAUCACACCACAUUGCACUGCAGUUGUGUGUUUUUAUGUCUCUAUUUUAAAGAUGAGUUUGAAAAAAUUCAAAUCUUCCUAUGAAACAUUGUUGAACUAUGAUACGUUUACAGUAGAACAUAAUGACCUAGUACUCUUCAGACUUCACUGGAAAAAUGUUGAGGUGAGCUUGAUGCUAAAUAAUAGCAUAAGAAGAGAGACAUAUGAAAAAGAAAAAAUGACAAAGAGCGUGAAUUCUGAGAACAGCAGUAAAGAAAAGUCAGAAGAGCACAUGGAUGUGAGGCUAAAACAUUGCUUGGCCUAUGUUCUCCAUACAUCAGGCACCACGGGGAUACCUAAGAUUGUCAGAGUCCCUCAUGCGUGUAUAGUGCCAAACAUCCAGCACUUCCGGGUGCUUUUUGAGAUCACUCAGGAGGAUGUUUUGUUUCUGGCUUCACCUCUGACCUUUGAUCCUUCUGUUGUGGAAAUAUUUGUUGCUCUAUCAAGUGGUGCCUCUCUGCUUAUUGUACCAACUUCUGUCAAAGUGCUCCCAUCAAAAUUAGCUGCUGUUCUCUUUUCCCAUCACAGAGUUACUAUUUUACAGGCAACACCGACAUUGCUUAGAAGAUUUGGACCUCAGCUUAUCAAGUCAACUGUUUUAUCAACCAAUACUUCUCUUCGAGUAUUGGCCCUUGGUGGCGAAGCAUUUCCGUCAUUAACUGUUCUCAAAAGCUGGAGAGGAAUAGGCAAUAAAACACAAAUAUUUAAUGUUUAUGGUAUCACCGAGGUAUCAAGUUGGGCGACUUUUUACAGGAUACCAGAGAAAAUUCUUAACUCUACUUUGAAAUGCGACUUGCCUGUACAACUGGGAUUUCCACUGCUUGGAACAGUAGUUGAAGUCAAAGAUACUAAUGGUUUCACAGUUCAAGAAGGCAAUGGCCAAGUAUUUUUAGGUGGCAGAAAUAGAGUAUGUUUUCUUGAUGAUGAAAUGACAGUACCACUUGGCACAAUGAGGGCCACAGGAGACUUUGUGACUAUAAAAGAUGGAGAGAUAUUUUUCUUGGGACGAAAGGACAGUCAGAUCAAACGUCAUGGCAAACGUCUUAACAUUGAACUUGUGCAACAGGUUGCUGAAGGUCUUCAACAAGUGGAAUCUUGUGCAGUUACAUGGUAUAAUCAGGAAAAAUUAAUUUUGUUCAUGGUGUCCAAAAAUGAUUUAGUAAAGGAUUACAUCUUUAAAGAACUGCAGAAACAUCUUCCAAGUCAUGCAAUCCCGGAUGAGCUUGUAUUGAUUGAUUCUCUACCAUUUACAUCUCAUGGCAAAAUUGAUGUUUCUGAGUUAAAUAAGAUUUAUUUAAACUCCAUAAACUUGAAGUCUGAAUGUAAACUCAAUGGAAAAGAGGAACUUUGGGGAAAAUUACAUCAUUUGUGGAAGUCUGUUCUGAGUCUCUCAGAAGACCCUUUGAAGGUUCCUGAUGAGUCACUCUUCUUAAAUAGUGGUGGAGAUUCUUUGAAGUCCAUACGGCUCCUCAAUGAGAUUGAAAACCUUGUUGGCACAUCAGUACCUGGGCUUCUGGAAAUUAUUCUUAGCAGUUCUAUUUUAGAGAUUUAUAAUCACAUCCUUCAAACAGUGUUUCCAGAUGAAGAUCUGACAUUUAGCAAGAAUUAUGCCACAAAAAGAAAAUCCAGCGAUGUUAAUCAAGAGGAAACCAGUGGAAAAUCUUUACAUCAGGAAUCUGUCAUGCCUUUAAAUUGUGACAACGAGAUCAAUGCUUUUAUUGCACUAAGCCGAGGGAGUCAGAUUUUGUCUCUGAAUACUACUAGGUUUUUAACUAAGUUGGAACAUUGCCCUUCAGCCUAUUCUUCUGAUUUAAUUUCACAGACUAACAUUCAAAAUAUGAAAAGCUUAAAUCCUCCAGCUCUUAUUGGGAAGUCAAAAGAUAUGUCCUGUGUUGCAAAAGUUUCUGAAGAGGAAACAUCUGUGAUGGGGGCUGAGAAAAUGGAGUUUCAUGUGAGGUGGAGGUCAGACACAGGCAAAUGUGUGGAUGCUUCACCUCUGCUUGUAAUACCAGCUGUUGAUAAGUCAUCUGCAACUGUGUACAUUGGCUCCCAUUCUCAUAGAAUGAUGGCAGUUGAUCUUUACUCUGGAAAGGUGAAAUGGGAACAGAUUUUGGGAGAUCGCAUUGAAUCCUCAGCAUGUGUAUCUAAGUGUGGAAACUUUAUUGUAGUGGGCUGUUAUAAUGGGUUGGUUUAUAUUCUGAAGAGUAAUAGUGGAGAAAAAUACUGGAUGUUUACUACUGAUGAUGCUGUCAAAAGCUCAGCAACUGUGGAUCCAACCACAGGACUUUUUUACAUUGGCUCUCAUGACCAGCAUGCAUAUGCUUUAGAUAUAUAUAAAAAGAAGUGUGUUUGGAAGUUGAAAUGCGGAGGAACUGUUUUUUCUUCUCCUUGUUUGAGCCUGAUUCCAUAUCACUUGUAUUUUGCUACGCUGGGAGGACUUUUACUGGCUAUAAAUCCUGCCACUGGGAAGAGAGUUUGGAAACAUUCCUGUGGAAAGCCACUCUUUUCUUCUCCACGGUGUUGCCUACAGUAUAUUUGUAUUGGCUGUGUAGAUGGGAAUUUUCUCUGCUUUACUCACUUUGGAGAACAGAUUUGGCAGUUCUCUACCAAUGAACCAAUCUUUUCAUCCCCAUGUACCUCAGCAUCAGAGCAAGAAAUAUAUUUUGGUUCCCAUGAUUGCUUUAUCUACUGUUGUAGUAUGAAAGGUCACCUCCAGUGGAAAUUUGAAACUACUUCAAGGGUGUAUUCAACACCAUUUGCUUUCCAUAACCACAAUCGUGGCAAUGAAGUGUUGCUGGCAGCAGCAUCUACUGAUGGGAAGCUAUGGAUCUUGGAAUCUAAGAGUGGAGAGUUGCAAAGUGUGUAUCAACUUCCUGGAGAAGUUUUCUCUUCUCCUGUGGUCUGGGAAUCAAUGCUUAUUAUUGGAUGUAGAAAUAAUUAUGUUUAUUGUCUGGAUUUAUUGGGUGGCAAUCAAAGAUAAUGAAGGACAGUCUUUACUAGAAUAUAUCUGUGAGAUGUUUGAAAAUAUUUUACAUUAUGGAGCAUGUGGAUAGUCUUAUUUUAUGUUAAAGAUUAUAUUUUGUUUAAGAAAC